AAUUGACACCACCCAUCAUCAAUUAAUACUGUUAAUGGUCUUUCUGCCUGUGCUAAGACGUGCAGUUUUCUUCAGAGCUACAAAACUGGCGAAGCCUCUCGUUAUAUUCGUUCUAGGUGGCCCUGGGGCAGGGAAGGGAACGCAGUGCAGCAAGAUAGUAGAGAAAUAUGGUUUCGUUCACCUUUCAGCCGGCGAGCUGCUAAGAGAGGCUCGAGCUAGUGAUUCUGAAGUGGGACAGCUCAUCACGAGCUGCAUGAAGGAAGGAAAGAUAGUCCCUGUAGCCAUAACAAUCGACCUCCUUAAAAAGGCUAUGGAGUCUUCAGCUGGUAAUAAUAAGUUCCUGAUUGAUGGGUUUCCCAGGAACAGGGACAACCUCACUGGAUGGGAGUGUGAGAUGAAUGAUCGGGUGGAUUUUAGAUUCGUCUUAUUCUUUGAUUGUCCAGAAACAACUUGUAUGGAGAGAGCUCUCAAAAGAGGACAGGAAAGUGGAAGAGUAGAUGACAAUAUUGAGUCCUUCAAGAAAAGAUAUAAGACAUAUAUUUCAGACACUAUGGACAUUGUCAAUUAUUACGAUGAAAAGGGCUUUGUAAGAAAAAUAUCUUCCAUCCCUGGCCCAGAAGAAGUUUUUGCUGAAGUGCAGUCAUUAUUUUCAAAGGAGAGCAUAGUGUAGUGUGACAAAUUAAUAGUGUAGCUGCUAGCUGCUAUAUUAUUAUAAUAAUGCCACCCGAAAUAAUUGAAAUUUAUUGACAAUAAUAAAAUAAUUUAUUAUGAUUUUCCAAUUAAUAGUUUAACUAUA